GCCAAAAUAUUUUUCCAAUUUAAUUGAUAAAGAAAAUAGAUAAUGUAAUAAUAAUUACAUAGAUAAAUUUAUAUUCAUAUAUACUUAAUAAUGGCUUUGUCCAAUAUUUUUUUAAUUGAUAUUUUGUAGGCCCGCCCAUUAUCGACCCGCUAUUGACCCGUGACCCGCAUUAGCCCGACCCAAUAUUGACCCUAUAAAAUGUGACCCUCUUUGACCCGAUCCACACUGAUCCUGACCCGACCCGCCCAAUAACCAAGUCUAUUUGUGAAUAUAAAAAUCUAUACUAAGGGGGUAUUCUGAUUGACUGAGCUGAGCUGAACUGAAUAUUUUAUGUGAGAAGGAAAUUAAGAACUGAACUGAAAAUAAUCUGAAUGGAACAAGCCCUAAGACUCUUCUAGCAAUGUCUAUGUAUAGGCAUUUUAAACUUCGGGGGUAGCCCAACAUUGGGGAACACAACCAAGGAAGAUGCGCCCACCGUCAAAAAAAAAAAUUGUCCAUGUAUCACUUGACACUCUACUCAUAUUGCAGAAAACCUCAUGCCAAGUAGCUAGAAUUGAAUACCAAGCAAAGUUUGGUAGAUUUGGUCUUGUGACUUUAAGGUCACGAACACGAAUUUGAGCUCUACUUACUACAAAAUACUUGAAAGUAGGGAAUUCUCUUAUCUUUCCCCUUUACUCUCAAGCGAUGACCUAUAGGGUUGAUAUCAAAUCAAACCAGAUAAAUUUAUAUCAGAUAAGGUUAUAUGUAUCCACGUUCAAUUUAAAAAUUAAAAAAGAAAAAAAAACUUAUUUAAUUCAAAAAAUAAAUUACUCGUUUAUUUGAAUAACUUAAUUAAAUAAAAUAAUUAAUUAAACAUAGAGAAAGUACGUUGACACUUAUAGAAAGUGGACCACUGUCCACUAACCCAUUAUAACCAUAACAAACAGUUUUCUCUCUCCUCUUUCUCCCCCUCACCCUUUUUAACCGCACAACACACGUUCUCCUUCUCCUCCCUCUUCUUCUUCUUCUUCUUCUUCUUCAUGCAGUUUUACUUUCUCUCUCUUCUUUCUCUGAUUCUCUGCAAAUCUCAACCCUAACUUCAUCCUCUGACAAACUUCAACAACAAACUACUCAAAACUGCCAUUGUCAAAUUCAAAAAUGAAGCGAAAAACUACUCUACAAUCUACUCAUAUUGCUACUGUUGCUGUUUCUGCUGCUGAAUUUUUGACGAAGAAUGUUCGAUCGAAGAUUUCACGACGUAAACGAGCUCACAUUUCUCCAGUUCUCAUCGAUUUCACUACUUCAAAUGCUGCUGCUGAUGAUCUUAAGCUUAAUCGCAAUUUCUCCUUCAAUUCUACUUGUGAUGAGGUUUCCUGCAAUACGACGCUUGAAUCGGUUGUUUUACCACCAAACGGUGCGUUUCAGGCUGGAAAUGAAGUGAUUCUGAAGCCGUUGAAGAAGGAGGUUGCUGAGGUUUCAGUGUCGGAGAAUUCCUGUGUUGAAUCAUGCUCUGUUGUUGCGGAGUCGAAGCGAAAUGACGUCGCUCCGACGGAAUCCACUGCGGCGGUGGAUUCUCCGGCGAAUAUGACGGUGACGGUUGAGCAGAGGAAUGUGAAGCAUUAUUCCUGUGAUUCUGGUGAUUUUCAAAUUGGAUCAAUCGGCUCUGAUUUGGCUUGCUCUGAGCAAUUUUCGUAUGAUUAUUACGAAGUUUCGUCGGAAACGAAAUUCUCCGAGCUUGAAUCGGAGAUUUAUUCCGGUAAUGGUGAAUCGGAGUUUGAUAUUUUCACUGAUGAAUACACUCCUUCAAUGUGGUUGAAUUCCGGCAGCCAAUUCUCUGAGAAAUCCGGCGAUGAUUCGUCUUCUCCUUGUUUCUCUCUCUUCAAAGAGUAUUACAAGCAAUUCUUACCAAUGAGCUCUGAUUCUACUGAUUACGAAGUUACUUCUCUCUUCGAUGAUCAGUAUUCUGAUGAACUUGCUUACUGGAAAUUUGAAGUUGAGGAAGAUGAAGAGAGCUACAGAAUGUUGAGAAGUAGAGAGAGAAAUCAAGCAGUGAAAGCGAAAGACUACGUUGAAGAGUAUGAUUUUGCGACUGAUUUCGGAGAAUUAAUUGUUGAGCAACGAUUAUUGAUGGUUAAUUGGAUUAUCGAGCUAACCAAAAAAAAGGAUCUCCAGAGUGAAACCUUGUUUCUUGGUGUGCGCCUCCUUGAUAGAUUUCUGAGCAAAGGAUUUUUCACAAGUAGGAAGAACCUACAACUACUUGGCAUAGCAUGCUUCACCUUAGCAAUCAGAAUUGAAGAAAAUCAGCCUUACAACAGUGUUCGGCAAAAGUCUUUCUAUGUGGGAAGCAAUGUGUACAGCAGAUAUGAAGUAGUGGCCAUGGAAUGGGUAGUGCAAGAAGUCCUUAAAUUUCAUUGCUUCUCGCCAACAAUCUGCAACUUCUUGUGGUUUUAUCUAAAAGCUGUGACUGCUGAUGAAGAAAUGCAAAGAAAAGCCAAGUACUUGGCUGGUCUGUCACUACUUGAUCAUAGUCAUCUCAGAUAUUGGCCCUCAACUGUGGCAGCAGCACUAGUUAUCCUCGUCUCCCUGGCAGCAAACCGAGAUGAAUUCAGCCUUAGGGUCAUGGAGGCUCAUGUUAGAACAAAAGUUGACGAUCUACCUGAAUGCAUUAAGAGCUUGGAAUGGUUGGCUAAGUACUCUUGGUAAAGGUUAACUUUAUUCUUGAUCAGAUUUUGUGGCCAUAAUACUUGUUAACACAGCACAUAGAAGCUAUGAAGAUCCAAUAUUCGUCUAGUAUAUAAGAAUUCCUACACACUGUUUCUGUACCCAAUUUUUUGUGAAGUGUACCUUCACCUCAUAAGAUUGAACAGGAAAAAGUCUUUCAAAAUUCAUUCUGGGAUCGCCUGCAUAUACCAUCAGCAUCAAAGUCCAGCCUAAGAGUUCAGCUAAGGUAACUCACAUGUAUUGUUCGCGACACAAAACUUUGUGCUCAUAACAGGAACUCGUCUACAACAUUAUUCUUUAUGUUGAUAAUUUUUUGCAAAUUGUAUAGACUAUAGUGAUAAUGUGUCAUUGUAGGAAUUUAUACUACAGCAAGCAAAGUUUGCAUAGU